AUGACAACUAGUAACAUACCUUCAUCCUCCUCUUCAUCCUCCUCCUCAUCAUCAUCAUCCUCAUCCUCAUCAUCUUCAUCAAGUGCGUUAGGCGAAUUAGAUGACAAUGAUACAAAAGAUCUAUUUGUUCAAGAGUAUGAAAUUUGCAUUAGUAAAACCCAUGAGAUGGCAACCGUUCAAUACUUUUGUAACAAGGCUGGUGAUCCAAUUUAUUUCCCAGAUAGAACAUUGGCAACUUUGUUCCAAGUUAAUCUCUCCACUCUUCGUGGUAGAUUCAAUCGUCUCACCAAGAAACAUGAAGGUUAUCGUUUAUUAAUUAACGAGAAAUCAAAAGCAAGAUUAAGUUCCUUACAUUUCAUCAAUUGGGCAACCACUCAAUAUAAUACAGAUUAUAUCAAUUGUAAUGGUUCUUUAUCACCAACUCAUACUUCUCAUAUUAAUGGUAAUAAUAAUAUUAAUAACAAUAACAAUAACAAUAACAAUAACAAUAAUAAUAAUAAUAAUAAUAAUAAUAAUAAUAAUAAUAAUAAUAACAAUAAUAAUAAUAAUAAUUCCGAUUCAGUACCAUCAUCACCACCAACAAAUUCUUUUUCAAACUCUUUGAGUAAUAGUUCAAGUAGUUUAAAUAAUGGUGUUUCACCACUCCAUGGCUUGGUUGCAUUAAAUCACAUUGAUUUAGUGAACAUUGCCCUCUGUGAAUGGAUAGCACACAAUCAUGAAAGAUUAGGUACUUCACUCAAAGAUAUUGAAAACAAUUUAAUUGCUGCAAAUUUAUCUUUUACUAGAAAUAUGGAUACCAUUUUUAUUUUACAAAAGAAAUUCAGUGGUGCAAAAUCUUCUCCAAAACCUCCAAGUUUUUAUACUACUCAACCAACUUUAUCAUCAAAUAAUAAUAAUAAUAAUAAUAAUAAUAAUAAUAAUAAUAAUAAUAACAACAAUAAUAAUAGCAACAGCAACAACAACAACAGCAACAGCAACAACAGCAGCAACAACAACAACAACAACAACAACAACAACAACAACAACAACAACAACAACAACAACAACAACAACAACAACAACAAUAUUAAUAAUAAUAAUAAUAAUAAUAAUAAUAAUAAUAAUAAUAAUAAUAAUAAUAAUAAUAAUAAUAAUAAUAUUAAUAAUAGUAAUCACAAACAUCAACAUCAACAAAAUCAACACAGACCAUUCCAACACCAACAAUUUAAUCAUGGUCAACAACAUCAACAAUUCAAUAAUAGCCCACCAUCCUCUCCGCUCUCAUACUCUCACCAUAACAACAACAACAACAAUAAUAAUAAUAAUAAUAACAAUAAUAAUAACCAAUAUAACAAUAAUAAUCACAACAACUUCCACCACCAUAAUAAUAAUAAUAAUAAUAAUAAUAACAACAAUAGUAAUAAUAAUAACAAUUCCCCAUAUAAUGCCUUUUCAUUACCUAAUGGUGAAAGAUCAUCAUCAACUUUACCACAAUUACAUUUACCACCAACUCACUUCAAAUAUUCUAGUCGUGAAGAUAUGAGUCCAUCAUAUCCAAUUGGUAAAUUAUCACCAAAGAUUAUUGGUAAAUCUUCAUCAUUAAGUCCAAGAGAUUACUAUCAUCAUCACAACAACAACAAUAAUAAUAAUAACAACAACAACAACAAUCACCACCAUCAUCAUCAACAACAACAACAUAACAACUACCACCAACACCACCAUCAAAACUUUGAUCAUCAUCGUCAUGGUCCAAGUAUGAUUGGUGGUUCAGCAUCAUCAUCUUCAUCUAUUACAAACAUUACUUGUAAUAGUUCUCAAACCUCACCAACAUCAUCACCAUCAUACCAAGAUGUUGAAGAGGAAAUCAUUAGAAACCUUUCAAACGUUUCAAAGAAGAGACCUUCUGCUGAUAGCACUUAUGUCACUGAAGGUAAUGAUGAUUCUCAUCAUGUUGAUAGUGACUCAUCAUCAAGUUCACCAUAUACAUUUGGUUUUGGUUCAAAAAAACAUAAAUUUGAUAAUUUCUCUUUAUCAAAUAAUAAUAAUGGCAGUGAUAAUAACAAUAAUAAAAAAUCAAGUAAUUUAAGUAUUAUCAUCAACAAUAACAAUAAUAAUAAUAAUAAUAAUAAUUUCAAUUUCAAUAAUCAGCCAUUUAAUAGUAAAAAAAAUAAUAACAAUAAUAUUGAACCAAACCAAUGUAGAGCUUAUAAUGGUGAUUCAUAUCAUAACAAUGAUAGCUUAACCCUAAAGCCAAUUACAUGUGUCACACCAGAUAUUAAGAAUCUUUUAUGUUAA